AUGUCAACAAUAGAAGCAGCAACUUUCGAACAAAGGCUUCAGCAAGCCGCAAGAUUUAAAGCAAAAUAUCAAAACGCAGUUCCUGUCGUCAUCCAAAGUGAUGCUAGAAGUUCUCUACCUAAAACAAUUCACAAUAGUUUAUUUGUAGUUCAAAAAAGCCUGAGCGCAGGCGAGCUUUUAGGAUUGAUCAGAAAGAAAACCAGUCUCCCGAAAUCGCAAGCAAUUGCCAUGUUUGUUGGCCACAGGAUUAUGGUUACCAAUGAUAUUACCUUGUGCGAGCUUUAUGAAAGAUAUUCAAAUGAGGAUGGGUUUUUAUACAUAUUAUGCAAGGACGAAGAAGUCUAUGGCAAUUAA